UGGGGAAUGCUUCUGCAAGUGAAGCUUGAUUCUGUUAAUUCAUCUUGGAUUAUAUUAAUUGUGUCUGGUGUCCCAGUGAUUGGAUUGUGCAUACCGACCUAUAUUUCAUUGAUUGUUAUUAUAUUUUGUAAUUUGUUUAUUUUUCCAUAGGUAUACGGGAUAUUUGAGGAUAGAAGGAUUGCAUCUAUUUGUUAUUGUUCGACUGUUGUAGAAAAGACUUCGAGGUUGUGUCAACAUGACGAAGACAUUUAAGGGUUCAGAAGUCUCAUCCCACAAUACACCAGAAUCCUGCUGGGUAUGCAUCAAUUCCACCGUCUACGAUGUCACGGAGUUUCUCCCCAAUCACCCCGGUGGAUCCAAAAUCGUUCUCAGUCUCGCCGGUAACGUUGACGCUACCGAGGAAUUCGAAAUGAUUCAUCCGCCCGGAACCCUCGAAGAGAAUCUCGACGCCUCCAAGAUCCUCGGCAAGAUUGAUGUUUCGGAACUAAAACAACCGAUUGAAGAGAAAACAAAGAGUUCUCCUGCUGAAGCUGCGGGUUCAAAAGAUACCGAUGAAGAUGCAAUUGAUGUAGAUGCGGAUGUCAAGACCCUUCUUAAUCUCGAUGAGAUUGAACAAUUGGCCACGAAGAAGAUUUCAAAUAAAUGCUGGUCAUAUUACUAUUCAGCGGCAGAUGAUCUUUGGUCGAAGAGCUUCAAUAAUGCGGUAUAUCGACAGAUUCUCCUGCGACCACGAGUCUUUGUCGAUUGCACAAAAUGUGAUUCUUCCACCACGAUACUGGGACAGAAGGUUGGAUUGCCGAUCUUCGUAUCGCCAGCAGCAAUGGCAAGAUUAGCCCAUCCGGCUGGUGAACAGGGCAUUGCUAAGGGAAUUUCGAACUUUGGUGCUGUGCAAAUUGUGUCGAAUAAUGCGAGCAUGACCCCUGAACAAAUUGUAGAGGGCUCACUACCAGGGCAGAUUUUCGGUUGGCAGUUGUAUGUGCAAAAUGAUAGGAAGAAGAGUGAAGCUAUGCUGCAAAGAAUUAAUGCUAUGAGUGAUAAGUAUAAGUUUAUCGUUUUGACUCUAGAUGCGCCAGUGCCGGGAAAGAGAGAACAUGAUGAGAGACAAAAGGAUGUAGGAGCUAGCCUACCUGUUUCUUCGGGAGUAAAAGCCAAGGAAAAUGUGGAAGAUAACAGUCCGCCGGCUGGCAAAGGAGGGGUGGGUAAACAACUGUUUAUGGGAACAGCCGCAGAUUUGACUUGGAAAUCUACCCUGCAGUGGUUGGCUAAACAUACUAAAAUGCCAAUUGUCUUGAAGGGUAUCCAGACCCAUGAAGAUGCAUAUCUAGCAUCCCAAUACGCACCACAAGUCAAAGGUAUUCUUCUUUCAAAUCAUGGAGGAAGAGCGUUAGAUACGGCACCACCUGCUAUUCACACACUCCUUGAGAUCCAAAAAUACUGCCCAGAGGUUCUCAGCAGGAUAGAAGUUUGGGUUGAUGGUGGCAUUAAGAGGGGUACAGACGUAGUGAAGGCUUUAUGUCUUGGAGCUAAAGCUGUGGGGGUCGGCAGAGCUGCAUUAUUUGGUCUUGGGGCUGGUGGUCCAGAGGGCGUGGAGAGAACGUUUGAGAUCCUGAAAGCCGAAAUGGAAACUUGCAUGAGACUUCUAGGCGUGGAGAAGGUCAGUGAGUUGGGUCCCAAACAUGUUAAUGCCAGAGCGGUUGAAAGGGAUCUGUAUGAUGGACAUCCAGGCUUGGAGAAAUUGGGAUUGUGGGUAAAAGCCAAUUUGUAGAUUUUCAAUGGGGAGCUGGAGUAGGUGGUGGUGUUGAUAUGUGUAAUUUUUGUCUGGUGUGUAUGGGGUGUAUAGAUUGUAGAUGGAUAGAUUGUAGAUGGUUAAUCACAUUUUCAAUCUAGCAUAUCUUAUUAGUACACGCUCAUUGGGAAAUGAUCGUGACUUCGUACAUGACUUCUGAAUACCUAAUAAUUGCACUUGAUGUUUUUACGUGAUACGCACUCACUCACUCGUCUUGAGAUUUAUCCG